AUGCACCACCACGCAUGCAGCAUGCAGCAGCGCGCCUCGCACCAUGUGUUGAGCGUGGUUGAGCAGGAAGGAGCCCUGUGCGUGCGAGUCCACCCACACGCCCCACCCCUCACCUGCACCUCCCACUCACCUUCACCUCCCACUCACCUGCACCUCCCACUCACCUGCACCUCCCACUCACCUGCACCUCCCACUCACCUGCACCUCCCACUCAGCGGGGAGAGGGCAGCAACAGCGACCUCGUCCACGUGGAAGGCUGAGAGCGGGCGGCCCAGCAGCACAGGCGGCAUCAGGGCCGGCACCUCGCACCUCUGCGUGGGUAGCACUGCUGUUGCCCCCCCUUGCUGCCCCUCCUCCCACGCGCCGCCGUCGCUGCCUGCUGCUGCUGCUGCUGCUGCUGUUGCCAUCCUCUGCUGUGUCGCCUGCCCCGUCCUCCUCGCCCCUCGCCUCAUCCUCAUCCUCAUCCUCAUCCUCAUCCUCAUCCUCAUCCUCAUCCUCAUCCUCAUCCUCAUCCUCAUCCUCAUCCUCAUCCUCAUCCUCAUCCUCAUCCUCAUCCUCAUCCUCAUCCUCGUCCUCGUCUCUCCGUCAAUGCUUUCCUUCCUCCCCUCCCCGCUCCUCCCCCUCCAUCCCUGCCGCUUCUUCCCCUCUCGCGUCCGCCUUAAACAACAUCGUUCCCCACUUCCCCCUGCCUCUCCCCUGCCCGCCCCGCCUAUCGUUCCCUCCCGCCCUCUGCCCCUCUCUCCUCCGCGCCCCCCCUCCCCGCGCCCAGCUCCGCGUCUCGUCCAGCGCGCGCUGCACCACCUUCGCCUCGCGCCCGCCGCCUUUCAAGUCCACCAGCGCGCGCUCCUCCAUCUCCCCCUCCUCCUCCCACGCUCCCCCUCCUCCUCCGUCUCCCCCCCGAACUCCCCCAGCAGGUUCCCCCCGCCCUGCGCCUUCGCCUCCAGCAGGUCCUUCAGCUUCACGCCCUGCGCCUGCGCCAUGCCUGCCUUCGCCACCAUGCGCCGCACGAUAUCUCCCCCCGCCAACGCCGCCCCUCCGCCGCGCGCGCCCUCGGCGUGCGCCAGCGCGCCGUCCCCCGGCAGCAGGUCGCGGUCGCCGGGGCCCUCCAGGGAGAUCACGCUGCGCCUCUUCCGCCGAGCCAUGUCUUUAGGUUUGGGCCGCUCCACCACGAGGCCCCGAACCUGCAGCCUCCCCGCGCUCGCCGCGGCUAGGUCUGCAUCGCGGGGGGGCUGGCGGCGGGGCGUGCAACCAGUGGUAGCAGAGCCAGAGUGUGACUAUAGCGAAGGCGCACGCCUGGGUUACGUGCGCCGCGCGGAUUCCGGACCCCGACUUGUGCGCGCCGCCGUGCCAGCGGGAUCGCAGCGAGGCGCGCGCGGAGUGGUGGUGCGAUGA